AUGGUUGCCAUGAGCCCUCACAAAACCCCUGUUCCCGUUUCUCUAUCUAGCCGCGCCUCAUCAACACAUAAAACCAGCAAAGGUGUGCUUCUGAAAGAACGGAUUCUGGGUUUGGUGUUAAAGCAAGUCUGCGCAGUGGCGGGAGCCCUCAUCCUGAUCCUCUGUAGCUCGCAUGGAGACCUCACACUAUGUGAGUCUGCAGCUGUUUAUCCCUCUUGGACUGCUCGAAGCUGGAACAGCUUUACGACCACGUAUCGUCCACCGACGAUAUCUACGCCUUCCCCAAGAACAAGGCCAAUUUCCCCUAGAGCAACCGCACGUGCUAGUCCAGCAACAUCGGUUUUUGUGGCUCCUGCCCCCUCGCAGCCCUUAAACUAUUCUUCUGCCUCGCAGUGGGCUAACUUUGGCGCCGCUUCGCUGUACCAGUCAAUACUCUCAGCACCUGGCGAAAAUAGCGCCCCUCUGGAGCCUCCUGACUUUGAGCCCGAUGGCGAAACGGCAACUGAUGCCACUGAACCAGAUGUACCACAGGAGGACGAAUAUUCUCAGAUAUCCUCGAAUCUCUUUGAUUUCAUCUCACAAGAUGACAAUACGGUGAUUCAAGGGCCAUCCUCUGAUGAGUCCUGGUUCGCCGAGAACCCGAGCAGUCUGUUGGCUCACCCAAUCGAGACAGGAGCUGUCUCAGAUGACGAUGAAGACGAAAACAUUCCCAGAGUUGCACCUUUGAUUGGACGUUCUACACUUCCACAGAAUACCUACCAGCCUUCUCUAGAAGAGGCAAAGCCCAGCCAUGACGCAGCGCCGCACGGACCAGGCCAACCUCAGGAUGCAGCAAAGGAAAGUUCAGCAGAGCCACACCCUUCUACAGAGCCUAAUAUCGAGGAGGCUAUGCAAAAGGAAGUUUCACCAGAGGCACCUAAAGAGCUGCCUGUAGUAAAUCCCAUGAACGAAACUCCUCAACAGGACCUUGAGAAAGGUCCUGGGACAAGCCAUUUGGCAGAACAAGGACGCGGCUGA